AUGCUGCAUCGGCAUCCAAUAUGUGGCAGUGCAUCGAGUGUCGUCAUGGAGUAUAGAAGUGCCCCCAUUCUGCCUACGUAUGCCGAGUCUUGUGUUCAAAGUGACUACCCCAAGAAGGAUUCACUCUGCCAGACACUCUUCCCAUACAAGACGUUAAGAGAACCCGAUCCCGUUAUCAUCCUCAUAACAUUGGCUGUGGUUAUCGGUUCCUUCUGUCUACUCAGCGGUUUCAUUCUGCUCUGUGUGGUAUCAAAGGCGUGGCAAGACGAAACAUCCGAGGCCAUAUUACUCAUGGGAAUUGGCUUCUUUAUCACAUCGUUAUCCUGUGUGACUUGGAAACUGACGAAUGCCCAACGUCUGGCGCAGCUACAAGAAACAAUUUCCAUUUAACUUUAACGUUUAUCUGUACAAAAUAUAUAUUUAUUGUAUAUCAACAUUUUAAGAAUUGCAUUACUUGAGUCAGUCUCUUUCGCAAAAAUGAAAAGGAAAUACAAUUGCAGAUAAGCAGCUGGGAGAAAACUCUGACGAAUUGUUGUUGCACCAAGCAAAAGAAAGACGCAACCUACCUCAAUU